AUGGUGCGCUGCAUUCUCCUCUCGAGGCGGGGUCACAGCCGAGAAGUGGAGACGGAGGCAGCGGUGCCGUUAACGCUGCGGCAGCUUGACCUGCACGCUGUCGACAUGCGAGAGCCGCUGGAAGGUCUGCAAGCGCUGCUGCAAUGCGUGUAUGAGCCCAUUCUGCGUGCCCAGCGUGAGGCGACACUGUGGUCGCAGACGCAGGAUCUUGUCAGCUCUAUCCGCUCCAGCUAUCAUGUUCUCACAGAGGUUGACCUCACGCAGUUUGUGCACGCGGAGCUCCUUGAGCUUUGUGCCUCUUACCCAGCUGCAGAUGUACAGGAGUUGAUUGAGCUGCUCGGGCCGGAGAAGAGCACUGACGCCAACUUCCUGUACCAAGUGUUGUCGGUGCGCAACAUGUGCCGCACCGUCCUGGAUGCGAAGUUGGACGGCAAAGAGAUUGUCAACGCCCGCGAUGAGGUGGCGUAUUGGCAGGCAGUGCUAAGGUGGGUGGAACAUGUGCAACGACAGAUACAGAGCCGUGAGUGGCUGCUCGUGCACCGCCUGCUUGGCCAGCGCGUGGCCACGAACUAUGAGGUGGAGUUCCGCGACCACACGCAACUGGUGCGUGAUUACCUGGAUCACCUGCGUAGCGUGCCAUUCCAGCAGAUUGACGGUGUUGAGGAGAAGAACUACACAGCACUCGUAGAGGAGCUCUUCACUGCAAUGAUUUCGCCCACACGGUAUCCCGCCUCACAGAGCAUCCGCUUGUUGGAGAGUAUCGUGCGGGAAUUGGUAGAGCGGUUCGUUGUACUCGUGGUGAGCCAUGACGUGCUGCGGAUAGACCCGCCCGAGGCGCAGCUACAAUGCCUGCGCGAGACCAUUGGGGUGCUGCACGACCUGCAGCAGCGCUACCUGCAGUCGCUGGAGUUCUUCCGCGCAGAGGGCUACUUGCCACAGCCGACGCAGGCCACGCAGGCCAGCGGUGACGAUGGAGGCGGAAGCAGUAGCAGCAAGACUCGCAAGGGGGCCAGCAAGCAGGCCCCCCACCAGUACUACUCGUUGAUUUUGUCACGUGCGCGGCAGCUGUGGAGCUUCAUCAAUGAACACUUUCACUACGAGCGUGCGCUGCGGCGGACAUUUGCGGAUGGAAGCCUUAAGGCAACCGCGACAUGUUCAUUCCGCACAGAGCUCGCGGAAGCGUAUAAUCGCUUCACCACAGCGACAACGGAGUCUGGCUGUCUAUGGGACGUAACGCCAGUAGGAACCGCCGAGUUCCUCCGCGCCCUCGCCGCGUACGAGUCCAAGCUGGCGAGCAUUGACGAGCGCCUUGCACUACUCGUUGGAACCAUGCUCGCCACUGCACAGGAGAUGAGCAGCAAUGGCUCCUCCGCAGCAGUUUCCGCCGUCGCAACGGUAGUGCCAGGUGUGGGUGCCGAGAUCGGCUGUGGUCCGUCACUCUACCGCAUCUACUCACGCUUCCGCCCACUGCGGCGUGAGAAGAUCCAGGCGGUGGUGGCGGGUUUCCAAAUGGCACUGCUGGAGCAAAUCAACCGUGAGAUGAAGGACGUACGGGAGCGCUACUUUGACGCGGAGAGCUGUCGUGAUGCAGUGCGGUUGGCCGUUGCGCGCUUUGGCGUGACACCCGCUGUGGGCCGUAUGAUGUGGGAGAAAUCUGUCCGGCAGGAGAUUGAGGAAUAUCUUUUACGCUGCGAUGCUAUUUCCGAGCAUGGCUGGCACCAGCUGUUGCAUCUCCGCACCAUUGAACACCGUUGGUGUCUCAACGAGCAGCUCGCGCAGUUCCUAGGCCUCCCGCUUGAAGACCUCGUCCCGCAAGAGCUGGCGGCAGACUCGGAGGUGCAUGGCACCGCCUACGCGCUUGCAUACCUCGAGGUGGUGCACGCCAAGGAUGAGCAGGAGUGGUCGCUUGACCCUUACAUUCAAGCGGCGCAGCAGUUUGUGCAGCAGUACGGCCCGAGAUCCCUUGGCUACGCCAAAUCGCGUCUGGUGCUCACGCGCGUCAGCCACGGCCGCGGGACGGAGCGGCACGAAGUGCGGGAUGUGCAGAACUUCUGCGACACCAUUGCCCAGCGGCUGCAGGAGCGCGUUGUGCAGUGGUGUGAAGACGUGCGCCGCCGCAUCGCCGCACUUGACGUGUUCCCUGAUACGUUGACCAUGAAGGGUUCUGUGAUGCAGAUUAUUGAAGUGCGUGACAACAACAGCUCCACCAGCAACAGUGAAGCGAGACGCACCGUGAUGCCGCACAUUCCUCGUGGCAUGUCUGCGCUCCUGCAAGAUCUGCAUAUGCUGGACAGCAUGCGGCUUCUCACUAACCACUCACAGCUGGUCAGUGACGUGCGUUCCUUCUUCCGCUAUAACGAAGAGCGCUUCCGCACCGCCAACUGCCUAACAGAGCUGAUCCGCACCUUUGAGGCCGCGCUCAACGGCGAUGACGAGCUCAUGGUGCACCUCGCCACUGACGACUACGUGAAAGUGCACCAGAAGCUACUCGACGGUGCCCAACUGCGCUGGUCAGACGAGGGGCGAGUGCUUCAGCUAGCCCAGGAGCUCUCAGAGCGUGUGUACGCCUUCUGUGCGGCGGCCACACAGGUGCGGGAAGUGGAAGCUGAGAUGGAGCGUGGUAUUGCGAAGUUGCACAGUCGUCAGCCGCACCGAGCCGAGGCGAUCGUGGCGCGAGUGGAGGAGAUGUGCACGCUCGUUGCGGGCCUAUUUCUUAAAUGCGCCAACACGAGUUGGUGGGUGCAGCGUCUGCAGCCACGCCUCGACACGGCGAUUGGGCGGCAGUUGGAAGGGCACCUCCGCCGCUGGACGGAUGAAUUCCUCUCUAUGGGCCGCGACCCCCGCUUCCUCGACAAGGCUACGGAGACGGAGGAGUUCCAUCUGAAGCCGCUGCGUGUGCGUAUGCGGGUGGUGUACAAGGAGAUUGGGCUCUCGCUCUCGGCAGCGGCGUGCCGGCACCACUGGGUGAAUGAGCUUAACCGCUGCUUUGCGUGGGUCCACACGAUGUCAACCUUGCUGCCAGAACAACAGCAACAGCAAGAGCAGCAGUCAACGUCUAUGAUGUCAGACAUAUCGGCAACAGCAACGUAUGAUAGAUUACUGGAGUGUUUAGACCCACAGGCUCUUACGGAGCCGCUGCAGGCGAUUGAUAAGUGCAUUCAGGAUGCACUUGAAGUGGAGGCACAGUGGAAGCGUGGCCAGCAGUUGCUAAACAUAGAAAUGGGAAUUCUGCAGCAGCGCCUCGGGGAUGACCUCGAGAAGUGGGGUGAUGCUCUGCGGCAGAUACGCGAGUUGGCGAGCAGGCAGAUGGAUUUCACACAGCCGAGCACGCUAAUUGGUGGCAUCAUUAUUGUCGCCGAUGACGCACAGAAGGAGCUGGGGCGGAAACUCGAUAGCAUGACGCAAUAUAUUCAUUCACGCUAUCGCGAUGUGGUGGAAAAACACCUGGAGUCGUGCUACCAUCGCGUCAUGGAGGAGCGUACCGUGGCGGAGAAUUGCAAUGUCAUAAACGACCUUGGUGACGCAGCGCGGUUCCUCUGCAAUCUGCCGGAUAUCCGUGCGGGCAUGCAGGAAACUGAAAAGUGCCUCAACUUACUUGUGCCUGCGGAAGAGUACUUGAAGCGACAAGGAUUUGCACUCCCCGAAUCAUGGGUCUACGUGCGAAAGGUGAAAGAGGAAUACCGUGCUUAUCAUGACCUCAUUGAGCGGAAAGUCAAGGCACUGGAGUUUCGGCGUCCUUUUUUGCGCGAGUCUGUCAAGACGCAGGAGGAUGCGCUACGGCGCCAAAUCGAUGAACUCGACCUGUCUCUGCAGGUCAUUGACACGCAGCAGCAGCGGGAGCUGCAUGAGGAACUCUCUGACUCUGCGCAGACGCAGUUUGUCGCGCUUCAGAAGCGGGCUGCGCAACUGCAGGAGCAGCAGCAGCAGCUCAUGGUGGUACAGGAGGCCCUCGGUGUGCCGCAGAUGGUGGAGACGAAGCUGGAAGCUGUCACGACGCGCAUGCAGGAGCUCCAGUGGGUGUGUGGCCAUAUUGCGCAGGCGUACCAGCGCCUUGCUGCGCUCGGUCGCACGCCAUUUUUUGAAAUGGUGCCACGACAGCUGCACGACGACCUCCUGGCGGUGGAGCGGGAGGUGGAGGGGUUCCCAGAGGGCGUCCGCAGCCACAAGGCCUACAAGGAGCUGCUGUCCGAUAUUGAAAACCGCCUGGCCUGUCGCCGUGUCAUGGAGGAGUUGCGUUCCGAUGCCAUGACACCGCUGCAGCGGGCGGAGCGGCACUGGGUCGCGCUCAAGUCGCAGGUAAACGUGCCGUGGCGACUCGAGGAGCUUACCGUCGGCGACGUGUGGCGCAGCGAUCCGCUGGCGAAUGCCAAGAUCUACCACGAUGUGCUGGAGUUCGCACAGGGCGAGCGUCGCAUGGAGACACAGUUGGGUCACAUCAUCACCUUCUGGAAUGAUUUCGAGUUCAACACGACGGUGUACCAGCGGCAGUUUGUGCUUAUCCGCGGAUGGGAUCUGGUCUUUGAGCGUCUCUCUGACGACCUCGACUCGUUCCAGGGAUUACGCUCAAGUCCUUUUUUCACCUCGCAGCACGUCACCGCCAUGGUGAACGAUUGGGACAACCGCCUCAACCUCCUGCGGCAGCUGCUAGAAGUCCUCAUGUCGCUGCAGCGGCGUUGGGUGCACCUCGACGGAAUCUUCACCGGCAACACCGAUAUACGUAUGCAGCUGCCCAACGACGCAAUUCAGUUCGACCGCGCAAGCCGCGAGUUCAUGAGUCUCAUGCCCGUCAAGGCUGGCUUUGGUGCUCCACCAGUAGUAAAGGCACAGGAUUUCCUUGAGGACAAGAAACUUUUGCCAGCGCUCGAACGUCUUGAGGGGCAGCUUGCACGAGUGCAGCGGGCACUGAGCACAUACUUGGACAUGAAGCGUCGUCAGUUUCCCCGUUUCUUCUUUGUCGGCGACGAUGACCUGCUGGAAACACUUGGCAAUAGUAGCAACCCUGCCCUCAUUGAGAAACAUCUACCCAAGAUGUUUGCCGCCCUUGCCCGUUUGAUUGUUAAUGAUGAGAAGAGCGGCAACAACGGCGAUGGCGCAACCGCGGCUGCGGGGACGCAUGUGGUGGGCUUCGCGAGCGCAGAGGGGGAGCAGGUGCCGAUGUCACGUCACAUUGCGUUGAAAGGCCGUCCACUGCACGAGUGGCUGGCGGAGGUGGAGGCUGGCAUGGUGGAGUCGCUACGUCAGUUGACGGUAUCGGCGGUGGCGUCCCUAAGCUCCGCCAAGCAAGUGACAACAACAUGGUUGACAUCGUACCCACUGCAGGUUGUCUGCCUCGCCUUUCAGGUGUGGUGGGUGCAGCUGCAGGAGCAGGCCUUUGCCACAUGGAAGAUGCAAGAGAAGCAGCAGCAGCAAUCAAAGCGGGAGCCGUCAGCAGCAGUGGCACACAUGGUAGCACUCCUCGAUCGACUCGCAUCUGACGCGACCACAACGGGAGCGACACACGCCUUGCGGCACGCCAUAGAAGAGCUCAUUACCCUUGCUGUUUACCAGCGUGAUGUCUCGCGGGUUGUUGAAUCCAAGCGUAUCACAUCGGUCGAGGAGUUUGAGUGGAUGCGCGUUCUGCGCCUGUAUCUGUGCAAUGACGGGGCGACACUGCAGUGCUGCAUGGCCGACGCCGCCUUCCUACACGGCUUCGAGUACAUUGGCUGGUACCAACGCCUCGUGCAGACAACACUGACGGACCGCUGUUACCUCACCAUGACGCAGGCACUCCACACGCGGCUCGGUGGCUCGCCUGUUGGCCCCGCUGGCUCCGGUAAGACGGAAACAGUGAAGGCGCUCGGCACACAACUUGGUCGGUAUGUAUUGGUAUUUAACUGCGACGACGCAUUCGAUUUUGAUGCGGUGGGUCGCAUCUUCCUCGGUCUCUGCCAAGUCGGCUCUUGGGGUUGCUUUGACGAGUUCAACCGCUUAGAGGAACGCGUGCUGUCUGCGGUGUCACAGCAGAUACAGACCAUACAGGAGGCCCUGCGCACGCAGUCCGGCAGCGUGACGCUCGCACAGCAGACGGUGCCGCUGCGCGAGAACGUGGCGCUCUUUAUUACAAUGAACCCGGGGUUUGCGGGCCGUUCCAAUCUGCCGGGUAAUCUGAAGCAGCUGUUCCGCACCAUGACCAUGGCGGCGCCGGACCGCGAGACGAUUGCGGAAGUAAUGCUCUUCGCUCAGGGGUUUCGCACCGCGGAGUCGCUCUCGCGGAAGAUCGUGCCAUUGUUUCACCUGUGCGAGGAGCAUCUGUCGCGGCAGGCGCACUAUGACUUUGGACUUCGGGCGCUGAAGUCUGUCCUCGUGACAGCCGGCGACCUCAAGCGGGCCGCGCCACUUCGAAGCGAGACAACUCCGGAAGAAACGGCGACAUCCGUUGUUGCUGGCUCCAACGUUGCUGAACUUGAUGACGUGGAGUGUGAGUUGGUACUGCGCAGUCUCAUCAGCAGCGUCACCCCGCGCCUUGUCACGGAGGACGUCGCACUCUUCUAUCCGCUACUGCGCGACUUCUUCCCAGGCCGUGAGCUCCCUGGUGCCGAUAUGACGGCUCUGCGGGCAGCCAUUGAAGAGGUGUGCCGCGCUAGCCGCUACGCUGCUACACCGGCGUGGGUGGAGAAAGUAUGCCAGCUCUACCACACACGCAAGAUGCGUCACGGUCUCAUGCUUGUGGGACCAAGCGGCACAGGGAAGACGGCUUGCUGGAAAACGCUCCUUCGAGCCAUGGCACGUCUCCCAGUGAUGGAUGACAGUGACAAUAUGGAUGGUGGAAGAAACGACGGUAGUGGCCCGCUUGAGGCACACGCGUACAUCAUCGAUCCAAAGGCAAUGAGUAAGGCUGAACUCUUUGGUGUGUUUGAGGCAACUACGCGGGAGUGGAAGGACGGGGUCUUUACAGAGAUACUGCGCCGCAUCGUCAACAAUGCGAUGGGUGACGACCGCGCUCACCAGCAACACUGGAUCGUGUUCGACGGUGACGUGGACCCGAACUGGGUGGAGAACCUCAACUCACUACUCGAUGAUAACAAGGUGUACACGCUUCCGAAUGGCGAGCGGCUCAGUCUACCGCCGUCUGUGCGCAUUGUCUUUGAGGUGCAGGAUCUGCGCUACGCCACACCAGCAACGGUGUCGCGGUGCGGCAUGGUGUGGUUCAGUAGCGGCACAGUGCCAAUCGCGAGUCUGCUAAGCCGCCAGCUCGGUGCCUUUUACCGCGCCCCGCUCAUUGACCGGCAUGGCAGGAAGCGACUCGCUGACGUAUGUGGCGGUCUCGACGACGAGGGGCAGCAAGUGCGGUGGGGCGGAAAUUAUUUCAUGGUCCCCCGAAGCGGUACGGACCGUGGCGAGGCCCCGUUGGAUGCCCCCAUGUCGGGAACAGGAGCAAACGCGGCAUUAGAGAGCAAUGCAAGUCCGCUGGCUGGGACCCUCACCUCCGCUACGCAUGAAGAUGCCUUAGCUGACAGUCUCAAUGCCACCUCUAAGGUGGCAUCUCUGCGGCGUGCUAACGCCCUUACCGAUGUUGACCGCGAAGUGUUGCAGCUGCAGGUACUCAUGGCAAACGUGUGGGCCCCGGCCUUUGCGAAGGAUGGCAUGGUGGAACGCGCGCUUCGCCUCAUCCACAGCGAGCGGUACUGGAAGAAGGGUGUUAUGGAGAAUAAUGACUUGCAGCUGCUUCGCAGUGUGCAUUCACUGCUGCUUGACGGUAUAUGGCAAGUGUGGAUGUUGCGUGAAGAACAAGAAUCUCUUCCCUCUACGAGAAUCCUGCAGAGCUACGCCGAGAAGCUGCUGCACUACGCCGUUCUGUGGGGCUUCGGUGCCUCACUCAGCCACGAUCUGCGCAAUCAUAUUGUGACAGACCUGGACCUUGCGCCACCAACAACAGAAGCAGCAACUGAAGGUCUCUCACUGUUGGAUGUGGAGCCAAACCCUGCGCGUGGGACGUGGUGCGUCAUCCGUGAACGUGUGCAAGAGACAGUUGUACGUGCAGAGCAGGUUGGUGCAAACGAUACCGUCAUUCCCACAGUCGACACUUGUAGGCACGAGGCCAUUCUGCAUGCGUGGAUCAGCGGCGGAAAUGCGACGAUUCUCUGCGGGCCACCCGGCUCCGGCAAGACUAUGUCGAUCACUUCCAUACUGCGCCGCUCCGCCGAGCACGACGCGGUGUUCCUGAACUUCUCAAGCGGUGCACGUCCGGAGAAUGUCAUUCGCGCCUUAGAGCAGUACUGCACCGUGCAGAACACUGCUCGCGGCCACGUCAUGUCACCCACUAGCGGGAAACGGCUGCUGUUGUUCUGUGAUGAGAUCAACCUUCCAGCGCUGGAUCAGUAUGGUACGCAACCAGUCGUUCAGCUGUUGCGGCAACUCAUUGAGCGUGGCGGCUACUACCGCAGCCGUGACAACGCCUGGAUUACGGUGGAAGGAGUGCAGGUGAUAGGCGCUUGCAACCCCCCUACAGAUGUGGGGCGUGUGUCUUUGUCACAUCGGUUCCUGCGCUGGGCGCCUGUACUGCUCGUUGACUUCCCCACGGAGGAGAGCUUGCACAUCAUCUACACCGCGUACUGCCGUGCCAUACUUGCCUUUAAUAGACAACUGCAGCAGUCAUACGCGGAGAAGCUGGCGUGGGCGAUGGUGGACAUGUACGCGGCGACACAGGCCCGCUUCAGUUCGUGGCAGCAGCCGCAUUACGUCUACUCCCCGCGUGACCUCUCGCGCUGGACACGCGCGAUCCACGAGGGUUUACUGACGUGGGAUGACGCCGAGCGGCGCGCGUUGCGUGCGGACGGCCUCGUGCGGCUCGCCGUACACGAGGGGCUGCGCGUGUUUCAGGACCGCCUCGUGGAGAGCGACGAGGAGAAGUGGACGGACGCCGCCAUCGACCGCUGCUUCACUGCACGCUUCCGCGACGCCGUCACGCUGGCGUCGGCGCUGCGGCGCCCACUGCUGUACUCGACGAUCCUGCACCGUGCCUACUCGGAGUGUACCCGCGAUGUGCUGCGGACGCACAUUGAGCAUAAACUGGAGGCGUUCUGCGAGGAGGAAGUAGACGCGGCGCUUGUCGUGUACGACGCGAUGGUCGACCACGUCACACGCAUCGACCGUGUGUUGCGGCAGCCAAUGGGGCAUGUGCUGCUCGCUGGGUCCUCUGGUGUGGGCAAGACAAUGGUGGCGCGGCUCGUGGCGUGGAUGAAUGGCAUGACGGUGUUUCGACUCGGUGUGCAUCGCAACUACCAGUUGGAAGAUUACGAGCGGGAUCUGCGCGACAUUCUUCGACGUGCCGGCUGCAAGCUGGAGCGCAUCUGCUUUAUCUUCGACGACAGCAACAUCAUGGAGGCGAGUUUCCUGGAGUACAUGAACGCCCUUCUGGCGUCUGGUGAAGUGCCUGGGCUGUUUGACGGCGAGGAGUGGGCAAAACUUAUGGAAGAGAUUCGCGACAGCGUUCAAGCGCAGCAGUUACUCAAUGCCAGCAGCAAGCCGCAAAAGUUGGCACAACAACAGCAACAGCAAGUGUCAGGUUUGGUUUCAUUAAACACUAACGACAACGUCAACAAAAACAGCACUGGAGGUGCUGCUGUGGCUGGCAGCGGUGGCGGCGAUGAGGGUAACAGGGUGCCGCCUCAGGAGGCGCUCGAUACAAUGGCGUCUGCCACUUAUGUAGACACAACGUCGGAGCAGGACCUCUACCGCUGGUUCCUCAGCAACGUGAAGCGCAACCUACAUGUUGUCUUUACUAUUGAUCCGUCAUCUGGGGAGUUCGCGAGUCGCGCGGUGGCGAGUCCGGCUCUCUUUAACCGCUGCACCAUUGACUGGUUCGGCGACUGGGACCGCGGUACACGGUAUCAGGUGACGCAGCAGCUCACGCAGCACAUUGAUGUCAUGUUCUCCUGCGGAGCGAUCUUUCAGCAGCGCGAGAACGAGGCUCGCGACACAUUGGCUUACGCGCUGUGCCGUAUCCACGAGAUCACGGAUGAGGUAAAUCGUGUGGUGCGGCUGCAGAACGCCCACCACGGCACAUUCAUUACGCCACGCCACUUUGCCGACUUUGUGCAGCAGCUGCAGCUGUUGUAUGAGGAGAAGAAGGGAGGGUCGAAGGAGCAGCUCGCCCACCUGCGCAGCGGCCUUGGCAAGCUCGACGAUGCCUCUGAGGAAGUUGAGCUUCAGCGUGCAAAACUCAGAGAGCAUGAAGUGGUGCUUGCAGCGAACAGCAAAAAGGCGCAGCUGAUGCUCGACCGCAUCGUUACCGACACGGAGACAACAAAGCGAGAGAAGAAGGCGGCGGAGCAGCUACGCGUGCAGCUGCAGGAGGAGGAGGAGAUCAUUCUGGCCGACAAAGCACGUGUGCAGCAGCAACUCUCAGAGGCGGAGCCGGCGCUGCGCGAAGCGGAGGUGGCGCUCAACACGAUCAAGCCGGAGUACCUGCGCGAGAUACGCGCCUACACGACGCCACCGAUGAUGGUGAAGCGUGUGCUUGAGAUGGUACUUGUCGUUAUGGGUGAGAAGCGCGCCGACGAGUGGGAUGUCAUUAAGCAUCACAUCCGCCGUGACGACUUCCUCGCGGGUGUGAAGGCGUUUCAGCCGCGCAGCGUCACGGAGGAGGCGCGCGAGACGGUGCGGGUGAUGCUGGAGGACGAUGGUUUCACAUAUGAGGCGGCGCGUCGCGCGUCCAAGGCGGCAGGCCCACUGCUGCUGUGGGCGCAGGCGCAAACAAACUACGCGGCAAUAUUCGCAGCGAUGGAGCCGCUGCGCACACGCAUCGAUCAGCUCGCUGUCGAGUACAAUGCGAAGCGGGCCGCUCUCACGCGGACAGAGGCGCAGAUACAGGCGAUGGAAGCGUCGCUGCUGCAGCUCAAGGCAGAGUAUCAAGCCAUGACGGAGGAGAUGGCGACAAUUAAGAGCACGAUGGGCGGCGUUGCGGCGCGUUGUGAGCGGGCUACGACACUGCUGCAGCAGCUGCUAGAUGAGCGCGGGCGGUGGGAAUCCGAGGCGAUGGGUUACGACACGGAGGUGCGUACCAUUCUCGGUGACUGCGCCCUUGCUGCGGCGUCACUCGCGUAUUUUGGCUACUUUGACGAGCGCACCCGCCAAUCGCUGCUGUUCCCACGCUGGCGGCAGUGUCUGCAGCAGCUGCAACUGCCGGUGCGUGAGGGGCUACGCAGUGUGGUGGAGUACCUCGUCACGCCGCAGGAACGGCUCUCCUGGGAGCAACAUGGACUGCCAAAGGACCACCUGUGCGUGGAGAACGCGAUGAUCCUCAGUCGCUGUCAGCGCUACCCGCUGCUCAUCGACCCGAGCGGUGUCGCAGCAGAGUUUCUGCUGCGGCUGCACGCCAAGGAUAAGAUUAACAAGUCAAGCUUCAGCAAACCGGGUUAUCUCAAGCAGCUCGACAUGGCGGUGCGCUUCGGCUACCCGAUUCUGGUCCAGGACGCGGAGCUUAUCGAUCCCGCGCUGAGUCCACUCAUGAAUCACGAGACACACCGCGUUGGUGGCCACACAUUGACGCGGCUCGGUGCGCAGGACGUGGAAAUGGCCGCGGCCUUCCGCCUCUUCCUUGUCACACGCGACUCGUACUACCAACCCUCGCCUGGCAUGGCGGGGCAGGUGUGCCUUGUGAACUUCACUGUGACGCCGUCGUCACUGCAGUCGCAGUGCCGUCACCGCGUGCUACUGCACGAACACCCCGAGCUUGACGCGCGGCGGUCACACAUUCUGCGCGUGCAGGGCGAGUACCAGCUACGACUGCGCGUUCUGGAGCAGGAGUUGCUCACCUCCAUCGCGCGCAGUGAGGGGAGUCUGCUAGAGAAUGAUGCUCUGACGGUGGCGCUGGAGCGGCUUAAGGGAGAGACACAAGCAUUGAAGGGAGAUAUUGCGGAGAGUGACGCGUCAAUGCAGGCCAUUGCGGCGGUGGAGGCACAGUACCAACCACUCGCUGCAGCGGUAGCGAAGAUGUACUUUGCGUUGCGUCGUUUCUCACAACUGCAUGCGCUGUACCACUACAAUGUAGACUUCAUCUUCCGCCUCAUUGCAGACGCGCUUUCGGCGUUGCCACCGCGUCCAGCCACUGCCACUGAAGCCUAUGACAACAGCAACGUGCAUGAGAAGGACGAAGAGAGAUUGCAAGCUCUGACGUGUCACAUCUUCAACCUGGCCCACCACCGUGUUCGGCGCGGCAUGUUUGCACAGGACCACCUCGUUCUCGCCAUUGUUCUCGGUAAGCUGCGCAGCUGCAUUGCGGACAGUGUGGGAAAACAGAUCACGCCAGAGGAGUGGAGCUGGUUCGAUGACGCUUUACAGAGCCCAUCUGGUGGUGGUGGUGGUGGCGAUGAUGCUGUUCGUAGGCUCCCCGCCAUUGUGUGUGAGAGUGGCGUGUGUGUGCCGUCGUCGGAGGUCGCCCUCGCCGCGUUGCUGCAGCGACCCCUUUUUGCUGUGGUGCGGGAGUCACUGCAGAACCCCCAGCACGCAUCAGCCUGGCGAGCAUACUUUGCAUCUACUGCCCCGCACACCGAGGUGCUGCCGGCAUUCAAGGCCGACACUGCCAACGACGACAAUGACAACAGCAGCAGCAGCAGGGAUGUGGGUCUCACCCGACGCGCGUUUCUUGCUACCUUCCUGCUUCUCCAUACACGGCGUGACGCGUUUGCACCGGCGGUGUACGAGCUUCUGCGCCUCUUCUUUGAUGGCGCCGGUGGUGGCGAGCCAAGUAGCAGUAGCAGGAGCAAGAACGAAGUCGGUGGCUCCUUCUUCAGUGCAGAUACGCACGACCUCGCCGCGGUGCAGGCGGAGUUGUCGGACAGUACACCGCUAAUCCUCGUUGCGAACGCAGGGAGCGACCCGACACUGCCACUCGAGGCGCUUGCACGCGCGAUGGACGUGUCGCUGCGCGUUGCGGUGAUGGGCAGUGCGACCGGUCUCGACGCGGCGGAGCGCUACUUGGCCGAUGCCAUGACCGACGGCUCGUGGGUGCUGCUGAAGAACAUCCAUCUCGCGCGGGCGUACGCCGACGCAGUGGAGAAGCGCGUGCACCGCGAGCGUGCAGAGGGCCGCCUGCACCGCAACUUCCGCCUCGUGUUCUCGAUUGAGGCGGCGGCAGCAACAGCAAGCGCUACAGGCAGUGAAGAGCCGUCGGCGCAACUUCCUGCGAGUCUCGUAGAAGCGUCGGUCGUGCUUGUAUACGAGCCGCCGCCGGGGAUGAAGUCGUCGCUGAUGCAGACGAUUGGGGCGCUGAAGCCGUUCUCAUCGCAUGCCAAUCAGUCGGCGAACAUGCAGCGCGUGUACCUCGCGGCGGCGUGGCUGCACGCAGUGGUGAUGGAGCGGUUGUUGUACGUUCCAAUGGGCUGGAGCACACGCUACGAAUUCAACGACACGGAGUUCUGGCGCAUUCUGCAGGCCGUGGACCGGUGGAUGACGGCAGCAAGUAGUAGUAGCAGCAGCGGCGGCAAGAAGGGAAUGACAGGUGCGAAGAUGAUCGAUCGCGAUCGCGUUCCAUGGCCCGCGCUGCAGACCAUCAUCGGCACGACGCUGUACGGUGGAAAAAUCAGCAAUGAGUUUGAUCAGAUCCUGCUGGACCUAUUGUGCUCGCAACUUAUGCGUGCUGCUGUCUUCGACGAUGACCAGUUCUUUGCCCUCACAGACGACGAGGAGACCAACACACGUCUUAAGUGCGGGUCGAUGGUGUCGCUGCAGGACGUGCAGGCGUGGGUUCGUGCUCUGCCAGACGCCGAGACGCCUUUGUGGGCGCGCCUGCCGGCUAGUGCCUCUCGCGUCAUGUCGGCGCAGUACGCCGUUGCGACGGUGGAGCGGCUCGCGGCGGUGCGGCUCAUCGACGAGAAGGAUACUGAAGGGCUCGGCGAGCAGAAGCGCCACGGUAACUGCGACGAGAUCGACCGUAAUGACCCGGUGCAGUCGUCGGCCCCACGUGGUGUGAGAGAUACGUGGUGGGUGCAGAAGAUCCAGCGUUUCUGUAGCGCGUGGUAUGGCCCGCUCAAUGUUAUGAGCGAAAAGGCAAAAGCAACCGUGACACCACCACUACUAGCAGCAGCGACGGCAGAGGCUGGGGGAGAAGGAGCGCAGACGUGCAGCACCCCAGAGCCUGCGGUGAUGGCCAUUGAGCGCGAGUGCGCCUUUGCGCUCAAUCGGAUGCGCGAGAUCCUCGACGAUAUGCACGCGCUGCAAGAAAUCUGUGCAGGGGUACGGAAUCCAGCGGCGAUACAGCGCACAAUCAUGGAUCACCUGCUAAAGGAUCAAGUGCCGCCAAGCUGGGCACGCUCGUACCAGACGUAUCCAACAGCAGCAGAUCAGUGGAUGGCUGAUUUUAGAAGCCGCGCCUCCCACGCCCAGCUGCUACACGAGGCUGUGCGGAAGACGACGUUUGAAGGGGCGUGGCUCUCCCUCGGUCUUCUCUUCUGGCCGGGUGCAUUCCUCACAGCGACAAAGCAGCAGGCCGCGCGACACCAGAACCGGUCGUUGGAGCAGAUGGAGCUGUCUCUCGAGCUGCUGCCCGAGGCUGCCGUGCGUGAGCACGCCGAGCACACAAGCAGCAAGAAGUCGGGCGUGUGGCACAUCGUUGGUCUGACGCUAUACUCCGCUCGCGUCAACGACAGUGGCGGGAGCCGUAAAUGCGAGCUCCUCCCUACUGCCUCCGCAGCACCCGCGACGGCUGUGGGCGCCCUCCUCCGCUGGGAAGUGACGGCAGAACCCGUUGCAGGUGACGUGUCGACGCUCGUGUCAAAGUCGUCGCUGUUAAUGCGUCUUGCUUCGCAGGACCCGGUGAGUGCACGACGUUUGACGCCAUUUUACGUGAACCCAAGGCGCGAAGCAAUGCUAGAGGUGGUGGAGCUCACUGUAGAUCCAGCCAAGGCACCAAUGCGGGCGUGGUAUGAGCGCAGCGUCUGCCUGGUCGCGUGGUCUCUGGCCGAGUGCUGA